CCAUGUAGGUGAAAGGUAGCUAAAUUAGCCUUAGCUGGCGCCGCCGCGCCAGCGUUAGCCGAGUCGGAGUCGUCCUUGCUUGGCCUCACCUGCGGAGGUCAGUCGUUUCGGCUGCUGGACUGACUCUUUCUGGAGCGGCGACGUGACGGAGAAGGAGACGGCGCAUGCACCGUUCCGGCGGCCACUCAAGGGCCAGUGGCGUCAUGGUUAGAGCGCUCCAAUGACGCACUACAGCCAGCUGUCGGCCAAGGCCGCUGCCUUGCGCGUCAUCCACCUGCCACUGGCUGUGUACGGGUCCGUGGGGCAGCUGCAGGUUAGCACGGGCACCAAGAAACUAGUUGCCGCAGCUGCGUUUGGCGCCGUUUCGCUGCUCUUCCUGGCUCGCCACUUCCAGAGGAGGCGGGGCCGAAAGAAGGCUGUGUCGCCACCACCGCUAUGGGAGCAGGCCGGCAUCCAGUUCUUGUCCUCGGUUGUGCCGGAGGAUGAUAGGAGCAGUCAUCGGAAAAUGACUCUCUCCAUCAACUCCAAGUCGUAUUUCUCAGUUCCACCCAUCCCGCCGAGAGAGCGGACCGAGAGUCUGGCGUCUAGCUCGGAUACGUCCAGCAGCGCCACAUGUGCUAUCGAGUCCAGCUGCUGGGACCGACUUGGCGACGCGGACAUUUGUAGCGUGGUCACCACUCCAGAAAACCUAUAUCUUAUGGGUAUGGAUUUAUUUGAGGAGGCACUGAGGCGGUGGGAGGAGGCCUUGACGUUCAGGAGCAAGCAGGCGGACGACGAGUUGAUCAAGACAGGAGCCGCCGUCGCUGAGGAGAACAUGGAAGAUGUUGUUAGUGCAGAGUUUGUCCAACGGUUGAAGUCACUGCUACAGAGGGCUUAUCACCUGCAAGGCGAAUUCGAGGGUGUGUUGGGGUGUGUGUCGGAACCUUUGUCCAAUCCCAGCUGCCAUGACAUUUUGUCUCAAGAGGAGCAAGAGGAUGCGUGUCUAAGGGAUAGUGUUAGCAUUGCCUCCACUGACUCCUUUGUGUCUGCUGCUGAGUUGUCAGAGCACAGGGAGCUAAGGACCAUCUACACACUAACUCAUCCCUUCUAUGAGGAGGCCUUGCAGAUGGCAGCAGAGGGCAAAAUCUCCUGUAGAGUGCUGCGGACAGAGAUGUUGGAGUGCCUAGGUGAUGAAGAUUUCCUAGCAAAGUUGCACUGCAUCCGGCAGGCAAGCCAGCUCAUCUUGCGAGAAAGAACCACCAGGUCAUUUCUGGCUGACACCGGAAAGAAGAUUCUAUCCUCUAUUAUUGUUAAAGCACAGAAGAGCCCUAAGCGAUUCGAAGAAGUGUUUGAGGAAAUGAUGUGUUUCCUGGAGCAAGCGGAACACUGGGAGAACACGGCGCUGGAGCUGGCCACACGUGGCGUUAAGCAUCUAAACUUUUACGACAUUGUGCUGGACUUCAUCUUGAUGGACUCUUUCGAGGAUUUGGAGAACCCGCCCGUCUCCAUCCAGAAUGUCGUCAACAACCGCUGGCUCAACAGUUCCUUCAAGGAGACGGCCGUGGCGUCAAGCUGCUGGUCGGUGCUGAAGCAGAAGAGGCAGCACAUGAAGGUUCCAGACGGUUUUAUCGCUCGCUUCUACACACUGUGCGAGCAGAUCAGUCCUGUUCUGGCGUGGGGAUUCUUGGGGCCUAAGAGUCCCCUGCACGACUUCUGCUGCUUCUUCAAGGAUCAGGUGGUACACUUCCUCAAGGACAUUUUUGACCUGGAUAAAGUUUGCUACUCUUCUGUGGACAGCCUGGCGGAGGACAUGUUACACCUUCUGCACCGCCGCUCCGAAUUACUGCUUGCCUACCUGGGCGCAGACUCCCUGCGACCCACCGUCUGCCACACCCCCACACUCGCCCUUCUACCGGAUACCUGUACGGAGGGCCGUGUGCAGUGAAUGGUUUGAAUUUAAGUGGAGAUCCUAGUCACUUUUGAGAAUGUCUCGGUCACAUUAUGUCACACCCACUGCAGACUUCUAUGUAUCGUGAAUAAUGAGCAUUAUAUUUAAGUGUACAUUGUAUACACAGUAAAACACUAUUUUCCGCGACGUGUUCACUUCAAAAGUUCCAAGAUUAUUUUUUAUCAUAGGAAAUGUGUAUUACUAUUUGACAUCGCUUUACACAGGUGAGGAAACUGGGAGGUGUUUGCAGAACGACAAUUGGUAAAUGUUAGCAAUAAGUUAAUAGUACAGAAAGCCAUUUUUACUCUGCAGUGAAACCUUUACAAUGACUGGCACUGGUCUGAUAACACCGGAGAGAAAAAGCCAUUAUGUACGUGUAUUUUAGUUGGCAAACACCAAUGUCAAACUCGUAUUUCAAUUUUGGAUGGAGAAAAUGUGAUGGCUUGGCAAAAUGUGAAAUGCAUGUUGGAUUAUGAAUUUUAUUACACAUACUAUAUUUUUUGAAUCAUUUGUGGCCAGAAUUCAAUGUAUUCAACUUGUUGUACUUUAUAUCAAGUAACUGCAUUCUGUGUUGUGCUGCAAUUGCUGAAGACAAAGGGAUGCAAAAAGGAAAAUCACAAUGGUCACGAAAUGCCCACUAAAGGUCCAUUUUGUGCUCUUCACUUGUGCAGAAAUGUGUUGCUUGUUCCUAAUUCAAUAAAGGUCCUAAGCAACAUACCAAGUUCUAAGUAGUCUGCACUUCAACAUUACAACCAAAUAGGAUUGGGUGAUUGAGAUUACAGGGGAAAAUU